UACAGUAUUAUAAAUCAAACAAAAUAUUAUUCGUGAUAUUUAAAGCCGAAAAUAAAUAUUAAAUUAUAAAAUGUGGUAUCAAGAAGAGGACGAAGAUGAGGACCUCAUGUGUUCGCCAGCUAUAUUAGCACGGCGUGCCUCUGAAAGUUGGAUCAAUGUACCUCCCGUAGAGAUGUUGAGUACGCCACAAACAUUGCAACGCAAGAAGUCUCUCCCCGACGUGGCGGGCAUGCCGCGGCUGCCCGACGGCGGCGGUAUGUCGCGCGAGGAGGUGUCCGCGCUGGGGUCCGCGCGCCGCGAGGAAGUACGCCGCAUGCACGAGGAGUCUGAAAAGCUGAGAGCCAACCCCCUCCUCUACCUAGUUAGUCCACAAGUUAAGGACUGGUUCUCGAGGCAGCAGUUAGUGAUCCUCGUAUUGUUCAUCAACAUCUCGUUAGGCAUUAUGUUCUUCAAGCUGCUGACGUAGCGUCGGCGGGCGGCGCUGGCGCGCCUUUCGUCCUAGUGUAACGACACUCGUGUACAUAACUUGUAAACAAUAAACACAAAAACAAUACUUGACGUGCAAAUAUUUCAAAUAGUUCAUUACUACUUUAAACAUUUCUACAGAUUACUACUCCCUUUCAAACGAUAAUUUUGACAUGGACUCAAAUUAAUUAUUUACCAGUGUACUUACUUUUAUUAAAAGUUGUGAAAGUGAAAAUGGGAAGACAAAUUAUGAAAACAUAGUGCAAACAUCGAGUAUACCACCCACCAUAGCCACUUCGAGUCGAUGUUACUUCUAAUGGUGUGAAAGUGAGAUUUAUGUUACCACUAGCGAAACUUCGAAUGUAAGAAGCACGUUUUACUUAUAAACCUGCAUAUUGUAGGUUUUCGCUCUUAUUGUAACGUUAAACGCUUGCCUUAUUAAAUAAAUUCGUUUUAGUGAAAACAACAUCGGAAUGGAAACAAAUGUGGUGAGCGUAGAAAGUUCCGAGGAACGCAAUGAGACAUUUAUUAAUAGUAAACUAAAUAAUAAGAUAUUUACACAAAUUAAUAUUUUGGCAUUAUUAUACUAUUAUAUUAGAAUUUCAAUAUUUGACAGUUUAGUAAUUAGUAUACAUAGAAUAGACUCGCAAGAAAGUUAAAAAUGUAAAAACCAACAACUUAAAAUUAUUUGCUUGUAUUGAAGAAAUUUUUAUGGUGUAGUAUUUUAUGAAAGAUUUGGAAUAUUUUAAUAAAAUUAAUCUUGAAGGAAAACAUGUUAAAUGAAAUUUAUUAUAUUUAAUGCUUAAAAUUAAAAUAUUUUAAAGCUCUAAAUAUAAUACGUUAGAUAAGUUGACUAUCUAUUAUUAUUUAAAUUUAUCGACGUAUUGUAUUAAAUCUGUUAUCAAAGUUUUUUAUAAAUAUAAAAUUUGUAAUGUUUGGUGGGCAAUUAGCACAAAUUAAUUAAUAUCUCUUAUAUUAAAAAAAAAACUAGAUUUAGGAGACACGAAAUCAAUUUUAAACUUCGAAUAUUUAAUACCCAAUUUUUAUACAAUUAUAUAAUUUUGUGUUGUAACUAUUACGUCAAUUUCUUGUAUUUAGAAAAUUAUAUAAGAAAAAUAAAAUAUAUAUAUUUAUUAUAUAAAAUAAUUUAUAUAAAAGUGUGCAUGCGAGAUUGUUACUACGCUGUACAUUAAAGAAAGUUGUGGAAAAUGCGCAAUUCUUAAAUUGUUAAAAAGUAAGAUAAUUUUCGCAGUUUCUUUUUAUGUAAAAACUUUAAGUUAUCUUUAAGAGUUUUAAUUACUUGUAUCAAUUUUAUCUACGUUUCAGAAAUAAAAUAUUUUAACAAAAA